AUUGCAAUUGUUAUGAUUAGUGUAUUCAGCUCUCAGCAACCAUGGGAAAGAGCAAUAGCAAAGUUUUAAUGCCGAAAAAAGAUGUUGAAAACUUCAGUACCAAGUUCUCUUGGAACAAAAUUGAAGGAAAAGAGUAUGAAAUAAUAAUUGAAGAAAAGGAUGAUGUGGUUGGAAAGGAUGGAAAAGUGGUUGUAAGAAAGGUGAUUAAUCACCACAAAUAUAGUUUUGAAUCAAAGCCUUCCACAAACUAUGAAUUAUUUGUCAAAUUAGUUGAUGGAAAAGUCUGGGAAAAAAUUGAGUUUACUACAGAUUUUGUCAAGCUGGGGCCGAAAGGUGAAAUAGAUGGAUCCAAACUAAAGUAUACAUGGAACAGAUUUGAAAACAAAAAGUUCGAACUCCAACUUCACGAAAACGAAAAACUGUAUCUUGAUAAAAUAACUUCAAGUCUCAACAAGUAUUCAUUCUCUCCCAAGCCUUCAACAAAAUAUGAUUUUAAAGUGAGAUUGAUCUCUGACGGUUAUGAAGAUCAUUGGGAAACAGCUGACACAGUUUGUACAAAGCCAUCAGAAGUUGUUGUGCUGUGCUGUAAGCAACAAAAUGGAUUUACUUUAGAAUGGAGAAAAGAGGAAAUGGGGUACACAUCUUAUACUAUUAAGAUUCUUAAAAAAGAGAAAGAUGGGAAAGAAAUUUUUGACGAAGUUAUUGAUUCAACUGAUGCAAAGUAUACCCAUCAUCAUGAAGGAUUAUGUCCGGGAGAAAAAUAUCACUAUGAGAUCUUUGCUCGUAGUUUCUCAAAGUAUCAAAGUACCAUAAAACAAGGAUUCUUUACCUACACGGGAGAUCUCUAUGUUUUAUAUUUCUUCCUUGUCAACGGGAACAAGGUCAUUAUUCUUUACAAUGUUGAUGGCGUCAGAUUGGACGAGUUGGAACAAAGAAUUCGAGAAUGGGAAAAUGUUGGAUUUAACCUAAUUGAUAAGCAAAAAAGAUGCGCAAAGCUACAACAUGGCAAAGAUUAUCGAAGUAAAAUGGAUUGUCAUGAUGGUCCAUCGAGCCUUAAAUUUACUCCGCCGCACCACCUGGUGUCAUAUGAUGACAUAUCAUUACGUCAUACUUUGGAAAAAAAAUUCACUCUCAGUGGAGCGACAAAAGAAGGAAAAUAUUUAAUCGAGCAUGUCUUGAAACCGAGUGUAAGUAACUCACCAGAAUCAACGCAUGAAAGAGCUACUUUCGAGUGGGAACAUGAACACCAGACUCCAGAAUCGGAGAUUGGGGUAAAGAUAUUGCUGCUGGAAAAAAAAGGAAACAUGGUUGUUCUUGUUGGCAAAGAAAGCUGGCAUAGCGAUGAAAUGAUAAAGAGUUACACAGACAAAGAUUACGUACUCGCUAACAACGCACCUAAACAAGCACUACUCAAUAUCCGCGGUGAAUGUGUGCUAUCCUUAUCCAAUGACAAUGUACAGGUAUCUCCUGCAGAUGGUCACCGUUUUCAAUGCAGCAUGCUGAAAAAAUUUGAUUUCUUUUCUCGUGACUUUGAAUGUACUCCCAAGGAUUCUCUUACACUUGAAAAAUGUCGCCUGGUGUUUACACUUGAACAGUGCGGCGAGCCUGUAUGUUCUCAUCCAUUCUCGAUCGACUUCUCUGAGAAAAAAUAAGUUCAAAGAAAAAUCAAUACCGACAAAAUGCUGAAAACCGACGAAACCAAUGGAUGCCGACUCCAGCCCUGAGAAUACAACGCCAAACUCAAGAAAGAUACAACGGGGAUGAGUCGGGUUUUGUGUCAGAUUCCUCUCACAUGUCAUGGGGGGAAUUUCAUGAAAACGAAACUAAUGUGUUUGGACAACACACAAAACAAGAAGAUCGUCUGACCAAAAAGUUGAAUGGCAAGAAUGAAGUUCUAAUUGUGGCAAUGCUACUCAAAAAAGCAGAAGAGGUUGUUGUGUUGCAUAGCAAGCAAAACAGUAUUCACAAAGCUUCAAAAUUCUACCUGGAAAAAGGCUUUGAAAAAAAUCUUCAGCAAGCCUAUAUCUGCAGAAUUAGACUUCGACAGAGUUUUGUCGGUCGCCCUAAGCAUCAACGAUGUCCCUGUCUCCCCUUGCUCCGAUCACACUUUCCCCUGCAGACAGCUAAUUGACAAUGAUUUCCUAGCAAGCUCUUUCAAAUGUUUACCGAAAGCAAAAGGAACUCUGGAGUAUAAGCUGGAGCAGGAAGGAAGCGAACCUUAUACUUUUCAAGUUGGAUUUGACGGCCAUCCACUCAAAGGAACAGAUCCAACCGGUGACCGCUCAUUCUGUGAUUCUGACAAGAACAUGAGCAAGUUCUACAAUGCUGGUUCAUCUUAUUCUUCUGCCGAUAUUUCGGAAACUUAUUAGAUUUCUCCAAAAAUAAGACAUGGUCUUAUUUCAAUUUUUUUCGAAAUAAAAACACUGUUGCUUAUUUUUGAGGAUAUGUCUUAUAAUUUUAAUUAUCUAAGACAAAAUUACAAAGUGGAAAAUUACAAGAUUUUCAAAUAUACAAAAUAUGAAAAUCGUUAUACAUUUACUUAUAAAUAACACGUUUUAAUUUAACCAUUAAAACAUGUAGAAGAAAUUUCUUGCUAUCGGCAAAGUGAAGAAAAAAA